AAAACGUCAUACAAAAUCUAUUUGGCCAAUUAUGACGAGUUGCUUUGGGACAAGCACAACAAGCUCCUUGAUAUUUGUGUUUUGUGUGAUUCACACAAUAUGAACGUCACGCGCCGCGACGAGCGGUUGCUGGCCCCGGCUGGCCCCGGCUGACCCGCCCGACCAUUCGCCCGACCGUUCGCUACGACGACUGGGAGAAGACUCAACAACUGUGUUAGUAUGACUUCCGCCAGGAGACUGGCCAAGGAGCUGGAGGAACUGCGCAAAUCGGGCUUCCGAGAAUUCCGCAACAUCCAAGUGGACGAAUCCAACAUUUUAAGCUGGCAGGGUCUCAUCGUGCCCGAAAGCCCCCCUUACGACAAAGGAGCCUUUCGGGUGGAGAUUAACUUCCCGACCCAGUACCCCUUCAAGCCCCCCAGGAUCACCUUCAGGACCAAAAUCUACCAUCCCAACGUGGACGAGAAGGGUCACGUGUGCUUGGCCAUAAUCAGCCAUGAGAACUGGAAGCCCGCCACCAGGACCUCCCAAGUCAUCCAGUGUCUGAUCUCGCUGGUCAACGUGCCGCAGCCCGAACGGCCACUGCGGGCCGAGCUGGCCAACGAGUACACGGAAGACCGGGCGCAGUUCAUGAGGAACGCCGAGGAGUUCACCAGGAUGCAUGGCGAGACCCGACCCGAGGACUGACUGCCGGAAACUCUCGUGGCUUUUCUGCCUCGACUUGGCUGACGAGCCGGGGCCGCGGCUGCACGUGGUGUGCCGACGACGGUGUCCAAAAAUGUUUUUGUCAAAACAUGCCGAUCGAUCCCUGCCUAUGCUGAUUCGUGUUUUUCUGAAACCUGUCUAGAAACAAGUAAUUAUACAAAUGUGACUUUGUUGAGCAUCAA